AUGACGAGGAAUUUGUUGGCCGCCCAACGGGAUCGGCUGAUCAGAGAGAUACGAGAUUUCGAAGAGGGAUUUGCACGGCAUUUCACGUGGAUUUAUGGGCAUCUUCGGCAGGGAGAUGAGAAGGAUUCGGCGGUGGGAAAGGUAAGGAGUUUGAUGAAUUUUGGCACAUAUUUUAGCUUACAUACAAAACUUUGGAGAUGUAUCAGUCUGUCGGGAAAAUAAUGAGCAUAAUUUCGCUUUGCCGAUCGCGUCGUUGGACUGAAAAGAAAUUUGAUUUUGCCGCGACAUAAUCCAUUUUUGAUGCGAUUUUCGUUGCGACAGAGUGCUCAGUAUUUUCCCGACAGACCAAUAUAUAUUAUUCGAGACUUUGAGCUUGCUUUAUCAGAAAUCGUAGAGAUUCUUAGACCGAAAUUUUCUGAAAAUCCGGUUUGUUGUUAGGACUUACGAGAUGUAAAGAUUUGAGUAAAAGUAAGAACACUUUUUUUGACAAAAGAUUUACUCGUUUCUCCUUCAAAAACGCAAGGACUUAUCCUUAAUGCUGUAUGCCUUACAAUUGGGGCUAUUUUCAUUUUGUAUACCAUUCGUUGACAAGAUCGUUGAACAUCUUAGCUGUUCUUGCAAAGAAUGAAACAAAAUUUUUAAAUGGCUUAUCAGUCUGUCGGGAAAAUAAUGAGUACACUGUCGCUGCGCCAAUCUUGCCGCUGAAGCGAACAGCAACUUGAUUUUGCGGCGACACAAUUCAUUUUCAUGGCGGCGAUGCGAUUUUCGAUGCGACAGAGUGCUCAUUAUUUUUCCGACAGACUGAUAUUUCUCGGUUAAUUUAAAAUUUCAAGAAGUUCAAAGAGCCUUACAUUCCUCCCUUUAUUGAUUUCAUACAUACCAUAUAUAAGCUUAUUAUAGACUCAAAACUUUUUCAGGUGCUCUCAUCCGCUUUCAGCCCCAUUUACGACAAAAUGACGGAGUCAUUGGAGCCAGCAAUGUUGAAUUCUCUUAUGCUAUCGUUAGCUCAUUUUGGGUGUUAUGGGAUUUUCUUGAAUCUACAGGCAGCUGUGGACUUGGAAACUCUAGAAAAUGCGUAUUGUAAAAUACGAUGGAGCGAGGGUGUGGACGAUAUUUUGAAAAGCUUUAAUCAAGAAAGUUGCCAGCAUGUUGUCUCCGCUGAAGACGCAAUCAAUUUCCAUCGACGGCUAAUACUGUGCAAGUUAAAAGUGGAACCAGUCUUGGAGUGUUUGGAGGCGAAUCAAAUAUUCAAUGGAAAUGUAUUGGACAAGAUAAAGGUAUGCUGCACAGAGCUUUGCUAUAAGCUAAAGUUUAUUCCCUUCUUCUUUUGUCGGUCUGUCGGAAAAUAGUGAGAACUCUGAUGCAUCAAAAAUCGUAUCGCCGCCAAGAAAAUCAACUGUGUCACGGUAAAAUCAAAUUGCUUUUCACUUUAGCGACGCGAUUGGCUAGCGACAUUGCGUUCAUUAUUUUCCCGACAGACUGAUACUGUAGAACGCAGAAAAAAGCUUUUUUUUAUCACAGUCCAAUUUUAUGUCAUCAAUUUUGUUUUUUUUCAGUUUCUCCUUACUUUAAAUCAUUUUAUUCCUAUCUUUCUCGACAAAAAAAAACGCCAUCCACUUGAUCAUCUCUUUGCCGAAGCGCCACAUAGCCUGUUCCAAAGUUUAGUCCCGGGGUAUAUUAUGCAAAUAACAUGUUGAUCGGAAGAUAGUUCACACCGACACAUUUUUAUUUUUUUUUACAACGUUAUGUACCAACGUUUCUGGCCCAAUCAUUAUUGCGGCCCGAAAAUUAUAAUAUUUUUUUCUGAUUUUUAACCAAAAAAAAAAAAUAAAAAUCGUCCAUGCAGAAAAUACUAAUUCGUUAGCAAAGUCUCUGUUAUGACUUCGACGAAAUGCACUGUGAGAAAACUUUAGUUCAAUUUUCACUGUGAAAUUUUUUUAUUCCCUACACCAUGCAAUAGGCUUUUCGCUCGCACCCUGAUUUUUUUGACAAUGCAAACGUCAUAAAUAAUAUGUAUAAUAAUAACACUUCCACUUUCAGACCCAACCCUCUAGGACUUCAAAAAUCAACCAACUUCUCGAUUUUCUUAUUUCUAACGGGUACAGCGGGUAUUUCUGUGAUCUGCUCAUCCAGUCCGGCCAAUUUGAUCUCUUUGCUUUUGUGGCUGGAUCGCUGUUUUCGGACGAUAUCAAAGCCCUUGAAAACAAUGUGGCUUCUCGUAAAAUGGCCCUCUCGGCAUUCUGGAAUGAUAUUGAAAACAUCUCGCCUUACUGUGAUAUAAAACCAAGCACUUCCACGAGUGAGCCAAGUGGAUUUCUGGAGAUCAAUGUAGAUCAAGCUGAUGCGGAUACCGAGUUGCGGUUGUAUAGGUGCAAUAAAGCUCAUGUGAGUUUAAUUUUCUUCUAGUAUUUGGAUGUGUGAACUAAAACUAAUCAAAAGAUAAGUCUCAACAAGAAACCCUGAAUUUUUGGCAUUCUGUUGCAAGUCGAUUUUUUGGUAAAAUACGGGACCUGGACUAAGUUCUAGACAAUUUUUGCCAACUUUUUGAAGUAAUAAUGUUGUUAUAGUAGUAAAAAUUAUAUACACGAUUACGGUAUUUUUUUUACUUUUUUUUAAAAUUUCUUUUUAGGUCUAUAAAAAUUUCUCGUCGCCGAAAGGCUUAUGCUUAGUCAUCAACAAUCGCGAAUUCGCCGUGCAUCCGCAUCGAUCAGGAACGGACGUUGACGAGGAGAAUAUUACAAAGUUGUUCAGCAAACUGGGAUAUCGGGUGGAGACUUAUCGGAAUUUGACGGGAUCGGUAAGGAGAUUAUUGAAUUCCAUUCUUUGGUAAAAUUUCAGAAAAAAUCAGCAUAUUUUUGGUAAAAAAUCAAGGAUUUUUUGAUCAAAAAGUCAAAAAUUUUCCACCAAAAAAUCGGUAUUUUUCUAUCAAAAAAUCAACAUUUUCAUUAAAAAACGUCAUUUGUCGACCAAAAAAUCAACAUUUUUCAGCAAAAAAAAACAAAAAUUUUCCGUUAAAAAAUCAACAUUUUUUAGCAAAAAAAAACAAAAAUUUUCCAUCAAAAAGUGAUAUUUUUCAUCAAAAAAAAUCAAAAUUUUUCCAUUAAAAAAUCAGCAUAAUUCCACCAAAAAAUCAGCAUUUUACUUUCAAAAAAUCAAAAUUUUCAAAAAAAAAUCAAAAAUUUUCCACUAAAAAAUCACCACUUUCCACCAAGAAAUCAGCAUUUUCCAUUACAAAAUCGCCAUUUUUAGCAACUAAUCUCCGCCGCCAAACAAUUUAGUCAACGCUCCGAACAUCAACGUGCUCACAGUACCGUAGUCGUCGUUCUGACGCACGGAGAAUACGAUCAACUGAUCGGGGUGGAUGGGAAUUACGUCCGACUGCAUGAGGAAUUCCUCUACUAUUUCAGUGCCACAAUGGCGCCGAAUUUGGCCGGAAAACCGAAAUUGUUCUUCAUUCAGGCCUGUCGGGGACGUAAGUUCGGUUUUGAUUUUAUCUAGUCAUUGUGAGUACUGUAGACGACAGGAGGAAAGGAAAACAGCCUCUUUAGAGCGAAAAACAAGGUCUGCGUUGCAAAACGUGAGCUAAAAUAUCUAGCGAUUGAUUUGCGACCUAAAAAGAUUACGAUUUUUUUGCUCUUAUGUGGCAAGUUCUAAACGACUUUCUUUCAAUUUCAACUCAUAGGGGAAAUACCCCAAGCGCGACGCUCAGAUUAUGAUGAAACUAGGCACCGAUCUAUAAUAAUUUAUUCUAAGAUAUAUGCGAGAUUCCUACCUCGCGCGUUGCAGAAACGACCGAGAUUUUUAGGUCAAAAGUUGGCAAAAAUGUGCCGUUUUUUUGGCGAAUUUUGGAAAUGAAACGUUUAGUAGCUUUUUCUACUGGAGAGAACAAUUUUUCUACAAAAAAACAAUAUUUUUUCUUCAUGAAACCGGUAAAGAUAUGGCCAAAAAGUGUUCUUCUCUCUGACCGAUCUCCGUGUUUCCCGUACUCUCCCUGCGGCAAAGAUCGUUCAAUAUCUCAGCUACGCCUACAAAGUACGAGAUAAAAGUUUUAGGAGUUGAUAAGUGGCCUAUGUCUGACGUUUGUGCAAAAUUAAAAGAAAAUCUGAAGAUCGCACUUGGGGCAUUUACCUUGCCAAAGAAUUGGGCAUUAUAUGUAUAGAAAACAGGACCCCGGCUUUAAGAAUUUUCUCUAGUAUGUAUUUUUACCAAGGAAAUGGCGAAAUUCUCAUCAUGAGCCUCUUUCAGACGACAACGAUCCCGGUCGGCGAGUUUCAUUGCCAGCCGACUACCAGGACGGUAAAAACAAACUCCGCUCCAAAACUGACGGGAUUCUCAGCUCCUUGGCCAAACAACUGAAUCUUCGGCCGAGCACUCCAACUAGUCCGGAAGUGCCGUCCAUGAAACUGCCGGCUAGCCUGAUUAAGCCCAAAAAAUCGCUAAAAGUCCAAGGGAUCACUGCUCCGACAACUUUUGCUAACACCGCAUUUGCAACGCCUCUGAUUGAGACGAAAAUGCCAAUAAUGGCCGACUUUUUGGUGGCCUAUUCGACCGGCCCCGGCUUCGUUUCAUGGAGAAAUUCGAUCAAUGGGACUUGGUUCAUCCAAUCGAUUUGUGAGAUCUUUAGCAAGGAAGCCGCUAGGGACGACAUCUUGGACUUGUUGACAAAGGUGAGGUCCUGUAAAAGAGGUUAAGAGAUUCUCAUGCAAAAUUGGCCAAGAUACAGCGCGAAAAUUAUUUUUCUCUGAUCGUUCUCCGUGUUUCGUGUACUGUCUCUCACAAGCAAAGUCUGUUCAUUACCUCGGUCGUCUUUGUAAAGCAUUCGCUAAAAUUUUUAAGAAUGGCGCUCAGCCUAACAAUAAGUAAAUCAUAGUGGCAAAGUUUGAAGAAACCAACUGGCAUCUCAGAUUUUCAGCAAAUUUUCCGUUCGUCUUUUUACUUACCAAUUCCUGACACGAUAUGCUGCCUUUUUGGCAUUCUGUUGCAAGUCCAUUUUUUGGUAAAAUACGUCGUAUGGACCAGUUUCGAAGCAAUUUUCGCCAUUUUUUUUGAAUUAUGUGUCGUUAUGAUAGUAAAAAUUACAUAACAAACCACGAAAAAUUCGUAAUCAAAAUUAAUGUUUUUUUAUUUUCAGGUGAAUCGUCAAGUCGCCAAAGUCUACGAGAGCUCCGGUGAGGGUUUCAAGCAGAUCCCUGAAUUCAGUAGUCGACUUCAGCGGAAAUUUUACUUUUAUCCAGGUGUCGUGUCGGAUGAAUAA